AUGCAAGGCGCAUUACUCAGCGGACUGACCGAGAAGCCGCAGCAGCGUGCCUUCAACCCUUACUCUGUACGUCCAUGUACGAUCACCACAGUGAACCGAUGACGAGUUCUCCGGCCACGGACGCUGACGACGCCUCCCCCGUGGCUCAUUGCAUCUCGGCUCACCGUCGUACAGGACAACGGAGGUGAGUCGGCUCUCGAUCCGCAGUCCCAUGUAGCACUUUCUCAUCAGCGGCGACGCGGCCUUUUCGCAGGCACGAUCCUGGCCAUCUCGUCCAAGGAUUUCGCGAUCGUCGCGAGUGACACGCGCCAGGCGGAGGGCUACAACAUCCAGACCCGCACGGCGAGGAGGUGUUACCAGUUGACCGAUCAGGUCGUCAUCGCCACCGUCGGCUUCCAGGCCGAUGCGAGCAACCUGGUCAAGAGGAUCAAGCAGAGGUUGGAGGUCAGUCGUGCGAUCGAUCUGUGGGAUCUGUGGGAUCUGUGGGAUGAGGUGUGGAGUGGGGGAGGAGGAGGGAGGAGGGGGUGACAGGCAUGGACUGAUACAGCGUCUCUCAACAGUGGUACUACCACACCCAUGGUGAAAAGCCGUCGUUGCCUUCGAUCGCUCGGUUGGUGCAGACGAUGCUCUACGGCAAGCGCUUCUUCCCUUACUACGCCUGGGUUAUUCGUACGUCGAUCCGCAUCGUCCAGCCACCACACUCUCACGCUCUCUGCCAUUCCACUCACAACCUUUCCGCUCUGCCCACAGUCGGAGGCAUCGACCGGGACGGAACAGGUGCGGUCUACUCGUUCGACCCGGUCGGUUCGUACGAAAGGGAAUCCUGUCGCGCCGCCGGGGCCGCGCAAUCGCUGGUCCAACCUUUCCUCGACAACCUCGUCUACGGCAAGAACCAAGUGCGUGACCCGGCGUUGCCCGCUCUCGCCAAGGGGGAGCGACCUGCCCAACCGCUGGAAACGGUGCUGGCGUUGGUGACGGAUGCGUUGACGGGCGCGGCGGAGAGGGAAAUCGCGGUCGGGGAUGGGUUGGACGUGUUUACGAUCGUGAAAGGGGAGGCGAUCAAGUAUCGUCAUAUCCGUGAGUGGAGAGACCUGUUUGCGCGGUCUCAGAGACGGGCUUGCUGAUUUGGGGUGAGGAUCGUCCGUGGUUCUGACAGCGCUCAAGAAGGAUUAG